AUAAAGCUUACUUCCGCUUUUAGCUCUCUUGCGCACGAAACCAAAGCUCUCUCUCUCUUUUAGCUCUCUUUUCGCCCGAAACCCAGACAUCUAGCAGCAAAGCAACAUGGCCCUGAUGCUCAGCGACCCCUUCACAAACGAGAUCGACCGCGCCAUGAACCGCAUGCUGAGCUCGUUCGGCGUCCCCGUGCAGCGCGGCGGUGGCGGCGGCGGCGCAAUCAUGCCGGGCGCUAUGGACCUGUGGAAGCCCUUCACCUCCGGCAUGGGCGGCGGCACCACCACCAUGCCCAUGGACAUCAUCGAGACGCCCGAGGCGUUCGAGCUGCACUGCGACACGCCCGGCAUGAACCCGGACGACGUCAAGGUGGAGCUGCACGAGGGCGUGCUCACGGUGAGCGGUGGCCGCAAGGUGUCGCGUGAGGACAAGGACGUCAGCGGCAAGGUGUGGCGCGCCGAGCGCUCCAGCUUCAGCUUCAGCCGCGCCUUCACGCUGCCGGACAACGCGCAGGCAGACAGCAUCUGCGCGUCCAUGGACAACGGCGUGCUCAAGGUGUGCAUCCCCAAGAAGGAGGUGGAGAAGGUGGAGCCCAAGCGCAUCGCCAUCACCGGCGGCGGCGGCCAGACCACCCACAUGCUGCAGCAGCCGGCGCACAUGGGCGGCGGCGGCCAGCAUAUGCAGCACGGCGCCGGCGGCCGCAUGCACCAGACCGGCAAGCAGGGCGGCGGCGGUGGUGGCAUGAUGGAGGGCGGCACGGGCGGCGCCGGCGGCGGCACCACCGGCACUGGCACCACCGGCGGCACCGCCUAGGCGCGCAAGAAGUGAGAUGGAUGUGGGGAGGUGAGGUGCGGUGAAGUAGCGGCUGUAGCUGCAGGCGCGCUGGCAGGCAGUAGCUGUGGGGCGCCGCGCGGCUACUGCUACAGCCGCGGCGGUGUUUUGAGUUUUGCAGCCACACGCCCACCCGAUGCAUUUAUACAUCCCUGUUUUGUAGGACAGCGCAUUUCAUUACUUUGGUGACUGGUUGCGCACAUGACAACACACAGCCCACAGAAUGCAUUCUCUGCUGUAGCGCCGCAAUGUGCUUCUGCUGGUCACCGCGUCGGGUGUCAUGCCCCUGCAAGGGUUUUGAGAUUGACAUCAGUGCUUGUUGCUUCGUGCUGACACAUUGUUGAUGCAUAUGGCGGCCGCUGGGUCCGGCGGGAUGCAUUCUUUUAGGUUCCGUUGAGCUCUUUCAUUCUUCUGAUAGAUGGACAAGGCGGUUCCGUCGUUCUCUUUCAUUUCUUUUAGGGUGGACGAGGCGGUCUAGCAGUAACAGUACAGCCAGAUUGCGGCGUGGCAAACGUAUGGGAGUGCGGGCAAUGGCUUGGAGCACAAAUGAAUGAGGGGUCAGGGGUGGUUGUUCAGGGCAAGUGCUACAGAGUGCCUGAGUUGGCUGAGCAGGCGCAAGCGAAGGUGUUUGUUGCUCUU